CACACAGGGCCAGCCUACGUGUUUUCCUCAUGAGGUAAAGUGCACUGUGCGCUUCCUCGCACGUCUGGCAAUGGAUCUAAAGCUUCGCAAGUUCGUCCCUUGUGUUUGAGCAAUUUUAAAAUCCAGUCGCUUCAUUGUUAUCCACAUCCUCCUCCUCCUCCUCAUCAUCAUCAUCAUCGGACCCAGCGGGAGCAGAGAGGAAGAAGAUGGGUUGCUGCUCGGCGCGAUGCAUGCUGAUCCUCCUGUGUUGUUUGCAGUUGAUAACUGCGCUGGAGAGGCAGGUGUUUGACUUCCUUGGCUACCAGUGGGCUCCCAUCAUGAUCAACUUCUUUCACAUCAUUGUGGUCAUCCUGGGCCUGUUUGGUGUCAUCCAGUACAGAUCACGCUAUGUUAUUAUGUACCUGCUGUGGACGUUGUUGUGGGUUGGCUGGAAUGUCUUUGUUAGCUGCCAUUACUUGGAUCUGGGAGGGCUUUCAAAGGACAGCGAUACACUCUCCCUGGGAGUGUCGUCGCAUCGCUCAUGGUGGAAGGACAAGGGGCCGGGGUGUGAGAGCAAGGGCCUUCCCUCCUCUGGGUGGCAGAACCAGCAGAACCCGGAGCUGACCACAGUGCUGAGCUGCUGGCUGGAAUACCAGUACAUAGAAAUCUUGCACUGCAUCGUCCAGCUCCUCCUAUCACUCCUGGGAUUUGUUUAUGCCUGCUACAUCGUCAGCAAUUUGUCAGACGAGGAAGACAGCUUUAAUUUCAUUGGUGAAUUUCAUCAUCCAUUGAAACCCUCUCAGUUGAUCUAGUGUAAAGACCUGCAGAUUAUAAAUAACCACAAAAAAACAGUGGAGAAAAGGCUGGGAAGGAGACGCGCAGACAAGGAGACAACUGUAAAGACCGUCAUUGUCUAAUUUUUUUGCCUGAUUAUCAAUUAAAACAUCGGUCACAGAUGUUGACCCUCACUAUGCACAAACUGCACACACUUUCCUGAGUCAAGAGGGGAAUUUCCACAAUACAGUACUGUAUAAAAAGUGUAGACCUACUCAUGUUUGUCUUCAGGCAUCAAAUUCAGUAAAUGUCCAUGUAAAUCUACCUCUGUAUGUGUGUGCGUGUGUGUGCCAAAGAGAUAGAAAUCCCUACAUAUUAAGCUCUCUAAUACAAAAGAAAAGUGAUUUGAAAGAUGUAAAUAAGUAGCAGAUUCUUUCUGAUGUUUUGUAAAAUAAAUUAUUAAUGUGUGUCACUCAUUGCAGUUAGAAAACGUGUAUAGUGUAUGAUAUUAUUCAGUGAAAUAAACCACGUCUACACAAUAUAG